UUAUCCUCCGGGAAUGAUUGGUGAGCCAAGUGUUUGCCUCGAUUCACUUUUGAAACUUUCUAACCCUGUGUUGUAGAGAAGCGGUAGGGAGGGGCGAGCGCGGGUGCCAGAGAGAGGGUACCGACCUCAUUGCCCAUUGCCACUCCUCCCGCCGAGGCGGCAGGCCAUUUUUAUUGAAAACACUUCCGAGUUACAUAUCGUGCGCGACUUUUUUCAGACGUGAUCCUUACAUCCUUGACUUUUUUAAUGUUUUAAUUUAUCCGUCAUAAAUUGGCUCGGAAAGUGACAAAUAUCGAAACGAAAUUAAUGAUGAUUUUUUUAUUGUAACUUUAUUAAAUAUCGGCAGUGAUUGAAGUGUUAUUUUGAUUGAAAAAUAUUAGUGCGCCCCGCGGUCUAUUUUCCAUUCGGUGUCGAGUUCGUACAGUUGCGAAAAGUGGCGAAGUUCGGUCAUCUCCGGCUGUGAUCGCAACAACGGAGGCGAUUUAUCCACCCCGCCCGUGAGCAAGGGAGAUAGAAAACUCUGCUGACAUGGCGACAGUGCGAAUGGACUAAUGUUUUUCACGUGGAAAACUCAUCCCUUGAACAAACAAUCAUAAAGGUCCUCUCGUGCCCGUCACACAAAAGCACUAUGAGAAAAUAAAAAUGGCUUCAAAGUAAACACUAUCCAUUGUUAAAGUUUUGUUGUAUUAUUCACGGAACAAGAGAGAAUACUUAUGUAUACACAGAGAUAUUGUUGAUAUAUAUAGCUCUUAAGCUCGAGUGGUAUUAAUUAUAUCUUCCAAAGAACUAAUACUGAUCAAAAAUGGCUACGCAAAGAUUUUGUUUGCGGUGGAACAACCACCAGUCAAAUAUGCUGUCCGUGUUUGAUCAACUGUUACACGCAGAGACGUUUACCGAUGUGACACUGGCUGUUGAUGGCCAAUUGCUUAAAGCACACAAAAUGGUUUUAUCGGCUUGUAGCCCAUACUUUCAAGCCCUUUUUGUUAAUCACCAAGAAAAACAUCCUAUUGUUAUACUAAAAGAUGUACCUUAUUCAGACAUGAAAAGUUUGUUGGACUUCAUGUACCGAGGAGAAGUAAGUGUUGAUCAAGAACGGCUAACGGCAUUUUUAAAAGUAGCUGAAAGCCUAAGAAUAAAAGGCCUUACGGAAGUCAAUGAGGAGAAAUGCGAUAUUCCUGCGCUUACAAAUUCACUUAUACAACAACAACAAACGAACAACUCUGCACAUACACCACCACCGCAAUUGCAUAGAAUACAUCCGUACAUGCAUCAAAAAAGGCCUGCGUCGGGAAUACCUAGUGGAGGUGCCCCUCCAAACUUACUCAUGCCUUUAUUGGGUAAUGCAUUAAUGCAACCGAAGAGGAAGAGGGGUCGACCAAGGAAGCUGAGUGGAAGUUCAAGUGAUGCUUUAAAUACCGCUGCCAGUCCCCCAGGAGAGUUUAUACCCGAAUCAGCAUCCCACGCUUCAUCAAACAGAGCUGGAGAUCAAUUGAUCAGAGGCUCACCUGAAAUGUUAGAGGUUAAGAUGUCAAUGGAUGGUUUCAACCCAGAGGAUGGCACAACUUCAGGUGGCGAGGAUGGCGGGGAAGCUCUCAUGAUAGAUGAAGGCGAUGACGCUCAAUCCAACGAAGCACCGAAUUCAGGCAAAGACUCCGAAUCCGCAGCAUAUCAAACAACGUAUUACGAUGACGUGGACAGUAAUUUCCCAGUAAUAACAUUGGAGGUCCUAUCCACAAACACAGACCACAAUUACUCUACAAAUUAUGGACAAGAAUAUAACGAACACCACUCACAUGAAAUGGAAAUUAUGGACAGUGAGAACCAUGAAACUGGUGUACAUUUCCUAUCAGAGCAAAUUAGUAAUGAAUGUGAUAAAACUGAAUUUGGAGAGAGCAACGAAGACGUUGCGAAUAGCACUCCUACAGUGAGGAGUGACCUGCUAGAGUAUAUGAUAAGGAGCGAUGGGAAAGUCGUCUGUAAGCUCUGUGGCGAGGUGUUGCAAAGCCGAACACAUUGGUAUAGACACAAAUACAAAAUUCAUUCGGUUAAUGCUUUAAAUCCAUCGCCGUUGUUCCAGUGUGAACAAUGCCGUGUAUAUUUUAAAAGUAGGAAAGGUUAUAUCGGACAUAUAGCGAGUAGACACAGCGAUGUCAUAUCUGAUCCUAGCUCAGUUGCAACUAAUACGAAAGUUGAAAGUAUUCCAAGUAGAACGACAAUCGCAGAACCUUCUCCAGACAUUAAAGACGAGACAGAUCCUGAAAUGUCAAUACCAAAGACGAGUGUACCAAAUUAUCAAACUGCUACACAUUCAACUAAAUUGACGACAAAUAAGAAUACAGAAAAUAAAAAAACAUACAGAUGUCAAACUAAAGGUGAUAAUUCUGUACGAACUGCAAGUGAAUGGGAAGAAAAAAGAAUCAGAGAAGAAAAAUUAGUAGCUGACAUAAUUGCUAGAGUUCGUAAGGAAUGUGAAUCUCAGGGUAACGGGCCAGCGCGCCGUGGGUACUCCCGCAGAACAACUGUGAUGCACUCAUGACAUAAGAAUUCUUAAAUGAACAUAGACAAAAUGUUCCUCUUGCAAUAACCUGCAGGCCUAAAUUUUACAAUUCAAUGAAAGUAGUGCCAAAACCGUGCCAAAAGUCAACAGUGUGUCAAAUAUUCCAUUUCACUUGUUACUGUUGUUAAUGUUUUUAUUUAAUUUCUUUGCAUAAUUGUUUAGGAGUAGCUUUAUUAGAGACCAGUAUUAGCAACCAUUUGAAUUAGAAUAUUGUUAUUUUUUUUUUUUAAUUAAGUAAAGCCAAUAAUAUAUGACAAAAGGGUGGAAAAACUGAAACAACGUGAAAGUUCCUAUUGGAUGGCAAUACCGCCGAUGAUAUAUUUUUUAACGCUUAGCUUUUUGUAAUCUCAUAAAGAUUUAACCGUUAAGGAAAAAAUAUUGAUACAGUCUAUAUUUUGUUAAAGUGCUAAAGAGGUAGGGUAGACCUAAUUUUGUAUGGUGACAAAUCAUAUCUGUUACUUUUUAUUUCCAAUAUGUAGAUACAAUACUGUAUUUUAAAAAUAGUAGGCAUAUACUGUCAAAAUUUUAAUCCAGUUUGAAAAUUACGUAAGGAAAUGCUUAAAAAUGAUUCUAAUCCGUGAUAAGAAUUUUCGAGGUGAUUUUAAAAUGUGGGUAGCGAGCAACAUUAAAAUUUAAAAUUGUGAUGAAGGUGUACUACUAGGAUCAUUGUGAACAUGGUUUUGAAUGAAUUUAUUCAUUUAUUUAAAAUAGUUUUUAAGAAGAAUAUUAUAGUACUCUAGUACUAUAUCUAUACUUACUUAGUACUAUAUUUUUACUUACUUAAUUAAUACUUUACUCUAUGUGCGUAAAAAAUACCAGAUCAUUCUUUUCAUUGAUUAUUUUAAAAUAUAAUAGUACUGUAUGGAAUGGUGAUAGACCAAUCUAAGUUUCAACUUAUAUUCUAUGUUUAAUUUAAAGUUAAGUUUGCCCAUAAUUCAUACAUGCACAAAAUAGAGGAACAAAAAAUAUAUAACAAGUUUGUAAUCAAAUGAAUGACAUAAAAUAAAAAUUUGACGGUAGAAGUCACAAAUAAAGUCCUAAAAAGUUAUUAAUGCAACAUGCAAAUAUUUAAUUUUAAGUAAAAAUUAAUUGAACUGCUCAAAUUAUCGUUAUUUUGUAAAUAUUUUUUCUUAGAAUCCCAUGUUUGCAAUUAUUCUCCUCAGUACAAAUAUUUUUAACAGGCUUAUAAGAUUAUGUAAUUACUUAGUCGAUCUUUAAGGGUUUACAACCUAGAUUUGUAUAAACCUACAUACUAAAGAAAAUGAUAUUGAAAAGCUUACAUUUCCGAUGUAAUUCUAAAUAUAUGAUGAAGUAUUAAAACUACAUUAUGAACAUAUACAGAAAAAUAUUCUCAAUAAGGAAAGGUUCAGCGAAGUUAUUUAAAAGCUGGGAAUUUUUUUUUAUAAAAUGCAUAAAAACUUUGGUAUGGUCACGAUUGUUAGCUAGAAGUCUCUCAUAACAUUACACGUACUACCUACAAUAGCAAAGAAAAUACAACUUGCCUAGGUCCUGUUUUAUAACAGAAAAAGGUAGGCGAUACUCACGCUGCUACGCAUACGCAUGUGACGUGUUACGUACUACGCGCGUUUUUGCGGGAUUUCAUAUAUCUUAUACAACUCCGGCUCCGGUUCUAUAUAUGUAUGAGAGUUGGAAACCCGUACCCUUUUCCUUAUCCUUCGUAGUCUUUAUAUUUAUUCUCCUCAUCAAUAUUUCUUUAUUCCAUACCUUUGAAAGUCGGCCCAUCCCGAAGCAGAAACGAAGGGCCUAUGCAAAAGGCGUAACGCCUGUGCAAAUGUUAUAGAUGGUGGUAGCGUUUACCAUCAGGGUCCCACCGGCUUCGACCGACUAUGACAUAAAAGGAGAUCUGACAUUAUAGUGUAGGUUAUUUAUGUACUCACGCGCGUAAUUGCGUUUCGUGGAUUCACGCCGGCUCUGAAAUAUUUCAUUCAAUGCGGUUCGCGGUGGUGAUAGUGCAGUGCAGAAUGAUUGUUUUGUUCGUGUAGAACUCAUUCGAGAUGCUGCUACAUUUACACUACGUAGUUUUUGUACGGUCAAAUGAAUAAUUCGUGAGAAUCGAAAUGCCAGUAGAUCCAUUUUCUGUGCGUUUUUGUAUACAUACCGCUAUGUGCGUGGUGCGUGGCAUUCAAAUGACGUAGCUAUGUAUAUAAUAUGUAAGAUACAUUCUAUAUGUGCAUAGUGUGACUGCCCCUUACAGGCUACGGACAUACCACAAUGAAGUGCAUAAGGUGUUUACUGUUUCAAAUUUCUAUCUAUGUUCUAUGGCCUAAUAAAAAUGUGCUUAGUCAUCAACUUUGUCUAUGUUUAAAGUGGCUAAAAUGUUUUAAAUGUAGGUAGGAACAUAAAAUAACCUACGAUGUUUCAAUAAUAAUUAUGUGUCUAAUACCGAGUAGUUUAUAAACUAUCGUUGAUUAUAGCAUUUCCAUUUACAAAAUAAUAAUCAAAUGCAUGUUAUUGGUGUCUAUAUACUGAAUUACAUAGAACAAUGAAAUGUUAUUAAUUUUUCUCGUAGAAUUAUCAAAUCCUAUGACAUAACUUACUUUGAAUAACUGUGUAGGUAAUAACUAAUAAGUAAAAGUUAGGUACAAAUGUAUUUUAUUUUGUUUCAUAUCAUGAAUGUGUAGAUUUAAUCCGGUAGAUUUAAAAAUAAUAAGAUAUCGUAUAUCUAAACUAUGGAUAAUAUUAUUAAUGCAUAAACUACGUCCUCCUUUUUUUCCAAAUUCAAAAUUUGGAUAGAUACAAAAAAUAUCUAUAGUAUUACAUGCUGUUAGUAAAAAAAAAAUAAUAAUAACUUAUACGGCAGCCUAAAAUUAAACAUGUUUCAAAAAUUUUGUGUCAAGUUGUAGGGUUGCUGGUCUGGCGACAAAAAGCGUCAACAACGGGCCUCAGAAGUGUGCCGUAGGAGAGGCCUAUGUCCAUUAGUGGAUAUUAAAAGGCUGAUAAUGAUGAUAGGAAUGAUUUCAAAAAUUUUUAUAGCAAUGUAAUAGUGAUGAUCUUUUUAAAAUUUUAUUCCUUCAUAACAUGUAAAUAUGUCUCUAACAGAUUUUAAUCGUUAACAGAUGCAUAUUAAAAUAGAUAUAAAUUAGGGUUAUAUUUCAAAUUCAAUUUCGAGUGAUUAUCAAAUUUAAAUUGGAACGAAGCAUCUGUUCUUUUAUAGAAUGUAGCUUUUUCUUGUCAAAUAGGAAAUUUGGAAACCUGCAUAAUUAAGCAGAUUAUUUUUUUAAACUGUAUAAUAAUUAUAAUUAUUCGUCCAGUGUGAACGUACAUAACAUAAUAAAUACCUAUUAUAUGUACUGAAAACUUGUAGAGUUUACUAGUUAUAUCGUAUCAUAAGUAUUUAUUAACGAAACCUAAAGAUUGAAUUAAAGUUACUAAAUUUAAUAGGUUUCAGUUUAAAACUCUACAUCAUAAGUAUUGAACAAAAUAUAACAAUAUCUUAAUUAUAAAUGAUUUACACUUUUUUUAUUUACGAUAACAAUAUCAAAAAACUUAAUCCUUAAUUAUUAAAUGAAAGGGUAUUAAGUACCGUUUAUAUAUUAGGCGAGGUAACCACGCUAGUACCACUAGUAUAGUAUUAUGUUAUCUGUGCUCAGUAUGCGAAGUGUUUUAAAAACAAGGUUUUGUGCGCAAUUUGGAAUUUAAUGAUAAUGUAUAAAUGGGCUCAAGUUAUCAAAAUACUAUACAUUUAAAAAAUCAAACAAGUUCCCAAACGUAGAAAUUUUGCCAUGAAAUAAUUCAGUUCUUCCGAUAAUAAGUAGAUAGACUCGUAUAUAUU